AUGGCCAAUGUGGGAGCCAUCCAGCAUGCCCAGCUGGAGCCGCGGCGAGCGUGUCAGGAGUGCAACCGCAAGAAAACCAGAUGUGACAUGCGCCGCCCGGUUUGCGGCCUCUGCGCUCGCACCGGAAACGCCUGCCAUUUCCCCUCCAGGCGCAAAAGGCCGACUGCUCGCACCCCUCAGCCAACCUCCGAGUCUCGAACAUUAUCUGACAGCCUGUCCAAGUUGAUCCAGGCUUUUGAGGCUGCCGCUCAGACCGGACAGCAGAGUGACCCGGUCGAUGGCCAGAGCCGAGCUCCCCAGUCUCUGCUUCGGGAGACUCUGAAGGAUCUCCUGGCGGAAGUCGGACAGUCCGCAGGCCAGAGCUUGGAAGAGCGCGCCGUCUCGAGUGGAAACGAUGAUCGCAGUGCGUCCAUCGAAGGAGGCUCCGAUGACGAGGCGCAGCUCUUCCGUCGGCCGAGCAUUCCCAACGCCAAUUCAGCACCAUCACCCACCGCCUCGGGCGCCGAGGAUGAGAUACCUGGUCCCCUGGCCAAUGAACUGGUCAACCUAUUUUUUGAGAAGGUCCAACGGUGGCUUCCAAUCCUCCACAGGCCGCGCUUUAAAACCCGCUACGAGGCCACAAUCCGGGGCGAGGGCGAUGUCAUGAAGACACUGUCGCCGGAGGAGGGCCUCCUCUUCUACAGCAUGUUUGCAAUGGCGGCCAGGUUCUCCACUCACCCGAGACUUGCUAGAGUGGCCUCGGACAGCCGCGGCCAACAAUUUGCGGAGCGGGCCAGGCAACUCUAUACCCAGGGUCGCAUGCAUCGAACCCCGUCGUUGACCUAUUUACAAGGUUGCAUUCUACUCGCAUUCUACUUCUACACUUCCGGCCCAACGCAGCAGGGGUGGGUUCUGAUCGGAGUCUGCGUGCGCCUGGCAUACGACCUGGGCCUCAAUGAAAUCGAUGAGGAGGAUUGGACACCCGCCACCCCCGUUGACCCGGUGUACAAGGAGGAGAUGAGGCGAGCUUGGUGGUUGACUUGGGAGCUCGACACGUUCGCCUCCACCGUUUCCCGGAAGCCAUAUUCGAUAGACCGGAAGCGGAUGGCUGUCGCGUUGCCCAUCUCCGACGAAGCCUGGUUUUCCGGAGUCCAGGUACCUUCAGCUCAGCUCCUAGUACAUCCGGGCCAGUCCUGGCGGUCGCUACAAGGGAGUCCCAAUCAAGAUGAGAGAGCGUGGUUCUUGCUGGCCAACCACUUUAUGGCCACAGUCCAUGACCGGCUACAACAAAAACAGGACAUAUCAGCGGAGGAGAAGCUGACGUUGGAGAACGAAAUAUGUUGCUUUAGACUGGCCCUUCCACCCUCAGUUUCAUUGGAUUCCGAGACGCUCAACUUUUCUCCAUCCACGUUUGCGCGGUGCAAUUUCGCCAUCGGCAUCCAUCUGAUGUUGACGGCCACAUCAUACCUGGUGGCCGGCAUUGCCCCUUCCGAUUCCGAUGGCCACGGCCUUUUGAGCCUCAGCACCACUACCACGUCCCCUCUGCGGCAACGUGCCAUUAGCCUGUCUCGAAUCAUCAGUGUCUGGGAUGCCAAGUAUAUCGAGGUGGCACAUCCCUUCUACACAUGCAUGAUGCUUCCGCCGCUCGCCGUGGAGGGAGUUUGCCUGAGAUCGCAGCCUCUUGUUUCUUCUACUCACGAUCUCGCAAAGCUAGUCUUGAAGCGCUUCGCCGACAAGUGGAAGUUGGGUUCUGUUGUUGCAGAACUCUCAACGUGUAUCGAAAGGGGCGGGCCGCUCACGACCGAGGAAAACCAAUUGGUCAAGCGAUACGCAACCUUCUUUCACAUGCCUCGACUCAACACUAAUAGCCCAGGCUCGAUGGCCUUGGACGUUUUCCCGCGGGAUAAAAACGGUCCCGAGACUAGCGACAAUCCCAGGUAUACCGGCUCUCUGGGUAUACCACAAGUCUCGCCCGAAACCCAGGAUGGGUAUCCCGCGUCUUUCAGCGUCCCAGCCUUGUCCGAUGCGGCAAUCCACCAGACUGCCAUGUUCGAUCCUGAGAACGUCGCGGGGUUGCAGCCAAACAUGUUUGACAGCGCCGGCGACAUCGACUUUGGAUUCGCCGACUUCUUUGGCGAUUUUUCAGAGAGUGACCUUUUGCUCCCCUGA